AUGUCGUGAAUCGUGUCCAAAACGUACUGACAGCCUCUUGGUAUUCGGAGCAGAGCUUGCCAGUACCUAGAAAGAAAGUCAAGAUGGGUCACGGAGGAACCCUUGAUCCCAUAGCUGAAGGCGUACUGGGUAAGAGGGACUGAUUCACAAACAAAUCGAGUGUUGUGUAGACAAAGAUCGUGAUACUGAUGCGAUCCACAGUUUUGGGAGUAGGCAGCGGGUGCAAGGACAUGCAAGGGUAUUUAAAAGGUACCAAAAAAUAUGUUGUAACUGCUGCCUUAGGGGCUGCGACGGACACAUACGACAGAGAAGGAGUUAUUACUCAUCAGAAGUCUGGAUUCAAUGCUAGCAGAGCCGACAUUGAAGCAGUGAUACCCGAGUUUGUGGGAGAAGAGAUUUGGCAAAGGCCACCCAUGUAAGAACUUACUUGAAUGGUUGUUGUGAUGAAAGGUUGAAUCAGGAAAUUUCUUAUUGUUCUCCUUUUCAUUCAUGCGCGGGU